GCAGCAUUGCAGAAUAAAAAAUCCAGUUCAUCGUCCUCUUCCUCCGCUUCUCUCGACUCUCCGCUCGACGCCUACACGCACAACACACCCACAGCCUCACCAUACCCUUCGUUCACACACCACACUCCCUCAACCACCACCGGCCGUUCCAACUCACUCCCGGUGGCCAAAUACCGGCGAGCUCACCGGAGCUAUCCCUGCAGGGCUCGGCACCCAGAGAAAAAUUUAAGGCCCGACUUGGGGAGGGGGAAGUCUUGGCCGAGACCCACAAUUUUGGAUAUUGAUGGGGAUUUCAUUUCGGUUCAAAGUUCAAACCCCAUUGUUUUCUGUGGUUGCGGUUGACAACGAUUCCACUUCUGGGGGAAUUGCUGCAACAAUGCAAAAUCUGCACCGUAUUAUAUCCCGUUUCUCCUCCACUUCACUAGGCUCAACCACGACUACGGCCAGAGUUUUGGCAGACAGAACCAAAACCAAGUUGAGUGACACUAUCAAUCCGAGAGAAUUUUCAGCAAAAUCUGGUGAAAAUGAUGGUAAAGAUGAGUGGGACAAGACUCUGGCAGGAUCAUUUGGUGAUACAACAGCGGGUGAUUUGGGGUGGGAUUCUGUGUCUUCUUGGUCGACUGGAUUGACCAAGGAGCAUUUUGAUGGUGAGGUCCCGCCCCCGUCCCCGCCCCCGCCCCUGCCUGCUGGAGGAGAUGCAUCACAUUCUUCAGUUAUCUCUGGAUUGCAAGAAAUUGAUGAUAAGGUGAGAGAAUUGGAGGCAGAGAAUCGCAAAAGUAAGGCAUUUGUGGAUGGAUGGGGCGAUAGGAUGCGGGAGAUGAGUGUGCUCUUGAAGCAAGUAAGAGAGCCUGGUGCGAGAGGGUCUUAUCUCAAGGACUCAGAGAAGGCCGAGAUGUAUCGCUUGCACAAGCAAGACCCUGAGGUUUACACAGUCGAGAGGCUAGCCAAGGAUUACAGGAUUAUGAGGCAGAGAGUGCAUGCCAUUCUUUGGUUGAAGGAGCUUGAGGAGGAAGAGGAGAAAAAGCUUGGGCAUCCUUUGGAUGAUUCUGUUGAGCUCUUGCUUGAUACUUGUCCUGAAUUUUUUAAUUCCCAUGAUAGGGAAUUCCAUGUGGCUUCCCUUGCUUACAAACCUGACUUCAAAGUUAUGCCAGAGGGUUGGGAUGGUACCACCAGAGAUCUGGAUGAAGUCCAUUAUGAGAUCUCCCAGAAAGAAGAUGAAAUGCUUUAUCAAGAAUUCGUCCAGAGGAUGAACUUCAACAAAAAGAAAAUGGCAGGAGAGGUGAAAUGCCACAAGUAUAGCCGGCGCCGCCCACAAGAGGGGUGGAAUUUCACGGUUGAGAAAAUGGGUCCGCGAGGGAAGCGUGGAGGUGGUGGUGGAUGGAAGUUUGUCAGCUUGCCUGAUGGUUCUAGCCGACCUCUGAAUGAAAUGGAGAAAAUGUACGUGAAGCGAGAGACCCCCCGCCGCCGACGCAAGAUACUCCCCUGAUGACCAUGUCUCUGUUCUCAAAUCUUAUGAUCAAGGAUUUUUGUAGCUUGUGUAUCUGAUAAUUGGGAUUCUGAGGUGGUGUUGACCACAAUUUUCAUGUUUCCCCUCCCUUCGGUGCAAUCUUUCGUUUUUUUGCUUGGGAGUAUGAUUAUGUUACUUUUGUGGUAAAACUUGUUAGGGGUUCAACUUCGUUUCUGUACAAAGUUGCUAUAUGAGCAACACUUAUUUCUUGCCUCUUAUCUAGUCUAGGCUGGAGGAAAACUUAAAUUCAUGCGAAUGUUGAUGCAGCUUUAAGCAAUUAAGAGCUUUCAUAA